AUGAGAAGCAGCGAAGAAGAAGAUAAGACUAAGGAGCAGCAGGAAGACGACGUCGUCGGUGGCUUUUAUUCCCGUCGGCUCCACUCUAGUGAACCCGUAUCUUGUCUCCUCCCAACUUCCCAGUUGAGGAUAAUUGAAGACGAUGCUCUCGCCAUGAGGAAAAUUGAAAAGCGGGAAAUGGCAAAAGGAGGGUCCAGAGGUUGA